AUGGAUGCAAAUGUUCCCAAGCCCCCAGAACUCCAGUUCUCCCCAGAGGCUCCCAGGACUGGCCUGAACCCCAGCUCAAUCCUGAAGAACAAGACCCUGCAAUGCAACGCUUCCAGCAUGGUGGGCGACAGGCUGCCCCCAAAGACGGGCGCGGUGGUUAUCGACAUGGGCACGGGCACCUGUAAGGUGGGCUUCGCAGGGCAAGCCCGGCCCACCUACACCGUGGCCACCAUUGUGGGCUGCCAGCCCCAGAAACAGGCCACCGCGGCGCAGACCUGCUUGGAGACGUUCAUAGGCGAAGCGGCCCGCUCGCGCCCAGAGCUGACCCUGGUGCAACCCAUCCGCAGCGGCAUCGUGGUGGACUGGGAGGCCGCCGAGCUCAUCUGGCGCCACAUGCUGGAGCACGACCUGCAGGUGGCCACCCAGGACCACCCGCUACUGUUCUCAGACCCGCCCUUCAGCCCAGCCACCAACCGCGAGAAGCUGGUGGAAGUGGCCUUCGAGUCGCUGCGCUCCCCUGCCAUGUAUGUGGCUUCGCAGUCGGUGCUGUCGGUCUACGCGCACGGACGUGUCAGCGGGCUGGUGGUGGACACCGGCCAUGGGGUCACCUACACAGUGCCCGUCUUCCAGGGCUACAACCUGCCCCACGCCACGGAGCGCCUGGACCUGGCCGGCAACCACCUGACCGCUUUCCUGGCGGAGAUGCUGUCCGGCUCAGGCUUGCUUCUUGGGCAGUGCGACCUGGACACGGUGGAGAGUAUCAAGCAUCGCUAUUGCUACGUGGCCUCCGACUUCCAGAAGGAGCAGGCCCGUCCCCGAGAGGAAUGCAGGCAGACGCUGACGCUGCCCGACGGGCGCACGGUCACCCUGGGCAAAGAGCUGUUCCAGUGCCCGGAGCUGCUGUUCAGUCCCCCCGAGAUCCCAGGGCUGUCGCCCGUGGGCCUUCCCACCAUGGCCAGACAGAGUCUCCGCAAGGUACCCCUGGAGGGGCGGGCAGAGGUGGCCCAGAACGUGCUGCUCUGCGGGGGCUCCUCUCUCUUCACUGGCUUCGAGGGCCGCUUCCGUGCGGAGCUGCUGCGCUCUCUGCCCCCCGAGGCCCACGUGGUAGUGGCGGCCCAGCCCGCCAGGAACUUCUCGGUGUGGAUCGGGGGCUCCAUCCUGGCCUCGCUGCGAGCCUUCCAGUCCUGCUGGGUCCUGCGGGAGCAGUACGAGGAACAGGGUCCCCACAUCGUGUACCGCAAAUGCUACUGA